AAAAUAUUUUAUACAUGAAUAUUUAUUUACUUGACAUUUCAAAGGUCUAAAAGAGUGAGCUGUUUUAGUCAUAAACUGAUGAAAAUUUUCAUCACACCCAGCUUUUAAAACCAAUAAAUUCAUUUAUUUAACAGCAAUUUUAAUAAUUUAUACUAAUCAAAUUUUAAUGGCAGCUCAAGUUUUUCUAUCUUCUUCACGUAAUACUUGUUCAAUCUUCAAUCCCAAUGAUGUCUCAAGUCAUCGUCUAGGUAAGCCCGGGCCUAGAUUCCCAUGUAUUACACUAAGUUAAGUUCAAUAUGUUUAGGUAAUGAACAUGGCUUCCGGUUUUCCUCAUUAAGGACUAAGCCAUUGCAGUUUCUUAAAGUUUCCUCUGGCUUUAAAGUAAGAGCAAAAGCUGCUGCAAAUGCUGAUGGUAGGGGAAUAGAAAUCCCAAAACACUGGUACAAUUUAGUUGCUGAUCUUUCGGUUAAGCCCCCUCCGCCUUUGAAUCCUCGAACUUUUGAGCCUGUCACACCCGAAGAUUUGGCACCUCUUCUCCCAGAAGAGUUGAUCAAACAAGAAGUCAGCAUUGAACAAUACAUUGAAAUUCCUGAAGAGGUUCUUGAUGUAUAUAAGUUAUGGAGACCCACUCCUUUAAUCAGGGCUAGGAGAUUGGAGAAGCUCUUAGGAACUCCGGCAAGGAUUUAUUACAAGUACGAAGGCGUAAGCCCUGCGGGAUCACAUAAACCUAACAGUGCAGUACCGCAGGCUUGGUACAACGCUCAAGCAGGAGUCAAAAAGAUUGUGACUGAAACCGGAGCUGGCCAAUGGGGAAGUGCUCUUUCCUUCGCGUGCAGCAUAUUUAACCUCGAUUGUGAAGUAUGGCAAGUCCGCGCUUCAUAUGACUCGAAGCCAUAUAGAAAACUGAUGAUGCAGACUUGGGGUGCUAAAGUUCACCCUUCACCAUCCGACUUAACUGAAGCAGGCCGGAAAAUCCUCCGAUCAGAUCCAUCAAGCCCUGGUAGUCUCGGGAUAGCAGUAUCAGAAGCCGUAGAGGUUGCUGUCGCAAACCCGGACACAAAAUACUGCCUCGGAAGUGUGCUGAAUCAUGUGUUGCUGCACCAGACUGUCAUCGGUGAGGAAUGCAUAAAACAGAUGGAAGCAUUUGGCGAGACCCCUGACGUGAUUAUUGGGUGUACCGGAGGAGGGUCUAACUUUGGCGGGCUGUGUUUCCCUUUUAUUCGGGAAAAACUCGAUGGUAAAAUGAAUCCUCUUAUAAGAGCUGUUGAGCCUGCUGCCUGUCCUUCUUUGACUAAAGGCAGGUAUGCUUAUGAUUACGCUGAUACGGCUGGGAUGACUCCGUUGCUCAAGAUGCAUACGCUUGGUCAUGAUUUUAUUCCGGACCCUAUCCAUGCUGGUGGUCUGCGUUACCAUGGUAUGGCUCCGUUGAUUUCACAUGUCUAUGAAUUGGGUUUGAUGGAAGCGAUUUCUAUCCCGCAAACCGAAUGCUUUGAAGGAGCCAUUCAAUUUGCAAGGUCGGAAGGGCUGAUCCCCGCACCAGAACCAACUCAUGCUAUUGCAGCGGUGAUCAGAGAAGCUCUCCGCUGCAAAGAGACAGGAGAAUCAAAAGUGAUUUUGAUGGCAAUGUGCGGACAUGGACAUUUCGACUUGCCAGCCUAUGAUAAGUUCUUGCAAGGGACGUUGGUCGAUUUGUCGUUUUCAGAGGAUAAGAUACAGGAAUCACUUGCCAAUGUUCCUCGAGUCAUAUCUUGAAGAUUUAUAUCCUUAUAAGCAAGGUUGCUGUCGACCGCCUUCGGUUUGUAAGAAGAAUUUCUUGACAAUACACGACUGCGAUGUAUGGAAAAACGAAGCAGCAACGAUGUGUUACAACUGCAGCAGUUGCAGCGAAGGGUUCAUAAGCAAACUCUCAGAGAUAUGGCAAAACUUGUUUCCUGGGGUUGUUGCACUGCUUGUUUUUCUCAUCAUUGUUUUCAUUUUCGGUUGUUUGGCUUUCAAACAGAUUAGAAAUGAUCACUAUAAGAAACUUUACAACACUGUGAAGGCUUGAUACUUGUAAUCAAAUACUUGUAGCUAGUAUUGUUUUUGAUACUUCAUCAUAUGGUUUAAUAGAUUUACAAUUUACUUAAAUUUAUCCUAUUUUUGCCAAUGUAGUUAUAUUUUUUUUAUUUGGGGUAGAGAAUCCCUACUCAGAAAAGGGGAGCGAAAGGCAGUUAAUCA